GCGAGUGAACCUCAAAAGCGUUGCACGCAGAUUUCUAUUGGGCCAUUAUAUCUGCACUAGUAGCGCUGGUAAGAGCCACCAUCAGGAGCGACGGCGAUGGCACCUCAGGAUCCACUAGUGUUCGAGGUGCGGAGGCGCGAGGCCGAGCUGGUCCGCCCAGCGAGGCCGACGCCCCGCGAGUACAAGAGGCUGUCGGACGUGGACGACCAGGAGGGCCUCCGGUGCCAGAUCCCCGUGAUCCAGUUCUACCGUGGGGACAGCACGGGGCAGGACCCGGCGCGGGCUGUCCGGGAGGGGCUCGCGAGGGCGCUAGUGCUCUACUACCCCUUCGCGGGCCGCCUGAGGGAGCUCCCGGGGCGGAAGCUGGUGGUGGACUGCAACGAGGAAGGGGCGAUGUUCGUGGAGGCGGAGGCGGACGUGACCCUCGACCAGUUCGGGGACGCCCUCCGGCCUCCCGUCCCCUGCCUGGAGGAGCUGCUCUUCGACGUCCCCGGCUCCUCCGCCAUCCUCGACUCCCCUCUCUUGCUCAUUCAGGUGACUCGUCUCAAGUGCGGGGGCUUCAUCUUCGCGCUGCGUCUCAACCACACCAUAAGCGAUACGGCGGGGCUGGUCCAGUUCAUGAACGCCGUGGGGGAGAUGGCGAGAGGAGCCGACGCCCCCUCCAUCCGCCCCGUGUGGCAGAGGGAGCUUCUAGAUGCCCGAGACCCGCCCCAGAUCACGUGCACCCACCGGGAGUACGAUCAGGUGGAGGACACUAAGGGCACCCUCAUCCCGCUCGACGACAUGGACCACCGCUCCUUCUUCUUCGGGGCUGCCCAGAUGUCCGCCCUCCGCUGCCGGUUGCCUCCCCACCAGCAGGCGAGCUCCACCUUCGAGGUCCUCACCGCCUGCCUCUGGCGAUGCCGCACCGUCGCGCUCCAGCCUGACCCCGAGGAGGAGGUGCGGGUGCUGUGCGUCGUGAACGCUCGGACCAAGUUCGACCCUCCCCUGCCGGCCGGCUACUACGGGAACGCGUUCGCAUUCCCUGUGGCGGUGACGACCACGGACAAGCUGUGCCAGAACCCGCUGGGGUACGCAUUGGAGCUGGUGAAGAAGGCCAAGGCGGACGUGACGGAGGAGUACAUGAGGUCCCUGGCGGAUCUGAUGGUGACAAGGGGGAGGCCCCACUUCACCGGGGUGCGGUCCUUCAUGGUGGCAGACACGACCAAGAUCAGGUUCGGGGACGUGGACUUCGGGUGGGGGAAGCCGGUGUACGGUGGCCCGGCCAAGGGGGGAGUUGGGGCCAUCCCCGGGGUGGCCAGCUUCUACAUCUCCUUCCGGAACCGACAGGGCGAGGACGGCAUCGUCGUCCCAGUGUGCUUGCCCGCCCUGGCCAUGCGAAGGUUCGUGCGGGAGCUGGACGCCUUGUUGAACGAUCCGCCGCCUACCACCACCACCACCACCACCACCACCAAGUCGACCUUCGUCAUUUCCUCCCUGUGAACUGCAUCCGCCCAAGCAAAAUUCCAACUUCGUUUUGUGGAAUGACCUCUAAGUUUUCACCUUUUCAUGCUGCUACUCUACUGCCGUAAAAUGAGAGACCAAGGCUUUCCUU